AAAUUUAUUUUAGGUUUAUGAAAGAACUGCUUUUGUGUUUUCUUUUCCAUAUCCGCUAAGAAAUGGGUCGAGUUAUCAGGUCCCAGCGUAAAGGUGCGGCCGGAAUUUUCAAGGCCCACACAAAACAUCGAAAGGGGGCUGCCCAACUUCGUGCCGUCGACUAUGCAGAACGCCACGGUUAUAUAAAAGGAGUUGUCAAGGACAUUAUUCAUGAUCCUGGUCGUGGGGCCCCACUAGCAAAAGUGGUCUUCAGGGAUCCAUACAGAUAUCGAUUGAGGACUGAAACUUUCAUCGCCGCCGAAGGAAUGCACACUGGCCAGUUCAUUUACUGUGGAAAAAAAGCCACCCUUCAAGUAGGAAACAUUCUACCACUGGAUUCCCUGCCUGAAGGGACAUCAGUUUGCUGUCUGGAGGAGAAGAUGGGAGACAGGGGCAGGUUGGCGCGAACAUCUGGAAACUGCGCCGUCGUCAUCUCACACAAUCCCGAGACGAAAAGGUCCAGAGUUAAACUGCCAUCCGGGGCUAAGAAGUUGUUGCCUUCCAGUAACAGGGCUAUGGUUGGCAUUGUAGCAGGAGGGGGUCGCAUGGAUAAGCCAAUGUUGAAGGCAGGCAGGGCCUACCACAAGUACAAGGCCAAGAGAAACUGCUGGCCCAGAGUCAGGGGUGUGGCCAUGAACUCCGUUGAGCAUCCCCAUGGAGGAGGUAACCAUCAGCACAUUGGUAAGCCAUCAACUGUUGCCAGAGAUAAGUCUGCAGGAAGAAAGGUCGGUCUCAUUGCCGCCAGGAGGACUGGUCGUCUGCGUGGUACCAAGCAAGCUGUUGGCAAAGCAACAGAGAAAGAAUAAACUGCGUGUUUUGUUAUUUGGUUGACUGGCUGGUUUUUUUU